GCGACAGAGGGGCCGUCUGGCUUUACGGCAGUAGCGGGAUGAGCCUUUACGAGCUGUUCCGGGGGUUCCUCGGCUUCCCCCGGGGCCGCAGGCCCCGAGACCCCUUCUUUGGGGGCAUCACCCGGGAUGAGGAUGAGGACGACGAAUACGACGAAGAUGGGGGCCCCUCAUUUGGGGGGGGCCCCAACGAGGACUUUGGGUUCAGCUUCGGCGGGAUGCACUUCCAUGACAACUUCGGCUUUGACGAGCUUUUCCGUGACUUUAACGAGCUCUUCAAUGAGAUGGGGGCCUGGACCCUGCCCUGCCAGCCCUUUGAGCUUCCUGGCACUCAGCCUGCCCCACCUGCCUCGGGCCACCUGAGUGAGGAGCAGAAACGGCAGGUGCUGCGGGACUCGAUGCUCAGAUACCCGGACAGUCACCAGCCCAGGAUCUCUGCAGAAGGCCCGGUCCCUGGGAGGGACUUGGGGGACAGUGCGGGCCUGGCAGCCCCAGGCAUGAGGCCUUGGCGGCCGUUUGCUGGGCUGGGAGAGAUGCAUCCGGCUCCCCCGAGUGCCAGGGAGGACAAAGAUCUGGAUUCCCGAGUCUCCUCGGAGGGGCUGGAGACCGUCCUGAGACCGGGCGAGCCAAAGGCCCACUCUUAUUUCCGGAGCGUGUCCGUUACCACGGUGACGGGGCCCGAUGGGACUGUGGAGGAGCGUCGGACGGUGCAGGACAGCCAGGGGCGCAGAGAGACCGUCGUCACCCGCCGCAGAGGGGAUCAGACCCUUGUCACCACCAUCCCGGAGGGCGGGCAGGGCGAGGACGCCAUCCCGGAUGAUGGGGAGCUGGCGCAGUUUGUGGGCGACUGGCAGCAGAGGGGGGGGCUCCGCGCUCCAAACCUGGGCGACCCCUUCUCCUUCCUGGAGACCUUCUUCCGUGGCUGGUUCUCAAGCCGAUAGCCCUGACCUCCCUCGGAGCAUCCCCGGGAGUCCCCGUACGUAACCCUGGGGGGGGUGCCAGGACGCCGGGCACAGACAUCCCUACUUCCUAGGCCCUGGAAGAGGGUGUCUCUCGAGCCUGCAGUGCCAGGAGACUCGGCAUUUACCGCCUUCCCUCCCUGGCUGCCAGAGGAGACGGGGUGACCCUGCCUCUAGCUGCAUUGAGCCUUGGCUGGCUGCCAGGCAGCAGGGUGAGCGGUGGAGACACAUUUCUGAGCUGGGCACUGCCUGCUGCAGUGCUGGGGGCUCCUGGAUUCAGCCCCCUCAGGGCUAGGGCUUGGCUGGCAGCAGGGUUGAGCCCGAAGGCAGUGCAGAGAGGCCAGCUCCUCAAGGCCUGGCCCAGGCAGUGGCAGCCGCUUGGGGGCUCUCAGACGGGGGAGGAAGAGAGUCCCCUGCACUUGGGGUGGGACAGCGGCAGCAGGCUCAGGGCUGGGGCGUUGAUAGUUCAUCUGGUCCGACAGGUGGGGCCUGGCUGGCUGGCGGCUCUGCCCCAUUGCAAGCCUGGCAGGCGCUCGCUCGCUUGCUCCCCUGGCUGCAGGAGACACUUGCCUCUCUUCCGGGUCUGCUGCUGGGUGCAGGGGUGAGCACCAGGGGGCGCUCUCACUCCAGCUGCCCUGUAUUGCAGGCGUGUCCGAAGCCCAGCAGCGAAACCCAAGGCUACGCCAGGCCCUGGUGCCCUGUGCUGGACGGGCUGCCUGCUUUCCAGGGGGAUCACUUCGCUGCAGUCCCUUCCUGCCCCUGUACAUGCAGAGGAAUA